CACUAAUCACCCCUCAUACCGGGCUGCUUUGUUGUGAGUACAGCAGCGGCACAGUACUGCAAGUACAGCCAGAAGGUUAUGAGGAGGUUAUUCCGACUCUUGACUGCAGCAGGGUUCAUUCACACUAAGAAAAACGUCGGCCAGCGGCAACAGUGAAACAGCUCACCAGAGAGCAUAGAAAGAGACGCGGAAAAGUGCCAUUUUGCACACUGGACGUUUUGCACGGGUCUUUUGUUUUCUCCAUCUCUGCUGCAUCAAGGACAGAGAUACCGAGGCGAUACGAGGAUCCAUGAGAAACGCUUUGAAUAGGGCACCGCUUCAGUAUCACGGUUGUGUGGGGCGUCAGCCAUGGAUGCCGGGAGGCUGGAGCUGCAGGUGGCCAGUGUGGAGAGAGACAUCGCCUUCCUGAAGCGGGAGCACCUGGCCAUGCUGACCGGUCUGCAGCUGGAGAUCACACACCUGAAGAGGCGCUGUCAUGAGCUAAGCUGUGAGCUGGACUCCAGGUUUCCUGACAGAAACACAGAAGAGGAGGAAGCAGAGCUUGCAGCACGUUGCGAGGCUGCAGAGCGUCUCCUGGAGGACCAGCAGUGCAUGAUGGUCGCCGCACGUGGGGAGCUGCGGGCCGGCCGAGCACGAGCAUCGGCGCUCGGAAGGAGCCUCAGGGAAGAAGAGCGGUGUUUCCUGGAGGAACUGAAACGCCGCAGCCACAAGAUCACGCUGCUGAGUCGUGAGCUGCAACGCCAGAAUGCCAUCACGACGAGCCUCUGCCACGAGCUCCACACCGCACGCUUAAAACUGUUCCAGCAACGGCACAGCACAGAGUCUGCUGCAGAGGGAGAGGAGGAACCCAGAGGAGAGGAGGUAGAAGAAGAAGAAGAAGAGGAGGAUGAAGACGAGGAGGACGAUGAUGAUGAAGGGGAGGGCUCAGACUGGCUUCUGUCUCCGCCUCCUCCAGCCUCUCCCAGCCAACCAGAAGCAAGACACAAGAAGCGUGUCACCAUGAGGGAGGAGAGGGUCAGAGCUUGUGUCCCACAGGAGAGAGUGACAUCACCGCAGAGGCCACACCCCAUGCCUGACCCCGCCCUCUUCCUGGUGCCGCUUAGAUACCGCCUCCUUCGCUUGAACCCACCAAUCAGAACGCAGGAUGGAGAGGGGCUGGAGGACGAGUGGGAGGAUAUAGAGGACAGCAGGGUGCACAGGAGGGUGGACAUGGGAGCAGGAGAGGGAGAAACUGCUCUGUGAUGAAGAUAAAAAGACAAAGCUGUCUUCCAGCAGGUCUCGGCCAAGAUCAAUCAACAUCUGAUGCAGUUAUUCUAGAAAAGGCUUAAGAUGAGAGAGAUGUAACCUUGUGAUUGUCUGUAGAUUUCAGGACGUGAGUUAGAUAUUUAGAGUUAGUUGCACAAGAUCGAAGUGUGAUUGAACCUACACAUAGACGUAUUAACUGAAUUUGAUGGUACAACAUGUACUUUGAGAAUGUGAAGAAAUGAGUGGGUGAAAAAAGGCCGAAUAUUGGGACUGUUUCAUAUGGAUGCCUUUUUAUUUUAACACUGUUGAACACGGUUUUUGCCUGUAAUUAGUAGCCUUGCCUCUGGGUCUAUGAACACUUACACCGUACAAAGUGGCAACCUGCUUUUUCAUACUAGCCGUAUUCCAGGUUCGGGAAGUUACUCUAGAAGGCUUAGGGACAUUUUUUAUGAUUUGCACUUUAUUAAAUUCAUGCAAUGUGCCUAAUAAUGGCUGAGAAGUA